AUGAUUUUCAAGACUGUCUUCGCACUAGCAGCUCUAUCGGUGCAAGUGUCCGGCCUUCCGGGAGGUAGCCCAUAUUGCGACUCUACUCUCAUCAGUGGAGCUUUUACAAAGAAGCACGGAACGCAGUCUACUGCCGUUAAUUACAAGAUCACUGGGAGUACGGCUACUUUUACACCAGGCACAGCUAUGACUAUAACAGUGUCCGGAGACAAUAUUGGAGGAGCCUUGUUUGGUGUCAAAGAUGCUGCUGGAGCCUUUGUCGCUGGAAUGGCUGUUCCAGCUGCUGGUUCAUUCAAGAUGUGUUCCAAUGGUGGUGCCGGAAGCGCCAUGACUGUCACUCAUACUGGUCUGAACGCUAUGGCCUCAGUGGAUAUUCCAUUCACACCUCCUAUGGGUGUAGCGGGCCCGUUAACGGUAUCUGCGAUUGUCACAUCCCAAGGUUUAGGGAGUCCAUGGAAUACCGCAACGAUGACACUUAAUGGAGCUGGCGCUGCUGCACCGGCAGCUCCAGCUCCAGCUGCAACAACUCCACCACCUCCAGUAGCCCCUCAACCAGCUCCCGCCGCUUCACCACCAGCACCGCCAGCAGUCGCUCCUCCACCAGCUGGCGGUGGACCGGUCGCUCCAGCAAUUUACUCACCUGAUCCCAACGGCAACAAACUCACCGGUAACGCUCCAGUUCCCGCGGCAAUUGCUUCUCCGGAGCCCGGUCCACCUGCUGCCGUACCAGAUCCUGCUGGAAAAGUUGCUACUCCACUAGCAACAUGUCCUGUUGGAAUGGUGAUGGCCUGUAAGCCUGAUCAACCAGCUAAAGCUGUGGCCACAGCUCAAGCCAAAGCUCAGGCGACUACUGCCGUCAAGAACAAGCAGCAAAACAAGUUGGAUGCUAUCAAAGCAAAGGUUGAAGCAGAAGAGGCCGAGCUUAAGGCCAAAUUGGGCAAAAAUAACCGCCGAUCCAGGCAUUAA